AUGACCCCGCGCAAUAUCCUCUCGGCAGAUUCCGCCGAACAUCAAAGUCGAUAUUCCCGAUCUUUCACCUCAAGCUCUCCAAUUGCCGAAGCUGCCAUUGCCCGCGAUUUAGCCCAUUAUACGGACGAUGACUCCCUCGAUACCGAUACCUCUGACUCCUCGACAGUCCGCCCAUCCAGUAGCUAUGCCGGCACGCAGCCGCAUUCGUUAACGGGGUCUUAUCGCCGCCCGAGCUAUUUCACUACAAUCAACCAUGCCACUGCCGUCCCUGCCCAGGCCGACUAUCAGCCCUUGACUCAAAGCGAGCGAGAACAGGCAAUUCAAGAGGAGCGCGCUUUGCUUGGUGAUAAUAAUGUCAUUCGGACAGAGCUUAGACCCCGUAGACUUUCUCACAAGUUGAGCAGUUUAUUCUCACAGGCUCAAGGAAGCUCUUCAAAGUCCUAUGGACCGGUUCGAAGCUCAAAGCCCCUGGUGGAUGAUAUUGGGUCUGGACAAGGGUCGUCUGAGUCGGCCGAGUCAACUGAAUCAACCGCAUUGCUGGGCUCUUCCGACGCCAAUCGAAUCGGACCGGAGGAAAUCGACCGGAAAUGGGAAGAAGCCGUGACUGCAGGAUUAAUAAACACGACAUGGAGACGAGAAGCGGAAGUCAUCGGUCGCUACUCCCUUCCGUUGAUGGUUACGUUUCUGCUGCAGUAUUCUUUAACUGUCGCAAGUAUUUUCACGAUUGGACAUUUGGGCAAGGAGGAGCUUGGCGCAGUCAGCUUGGCCAGUAUGACUGUGAACAUUACCGGUUAUGCUGUCUACUCCGGCCUAGCGACAAGUCUAGAUACUCUAUGUGCUCAGGCAUACGGAUCUGGCAAGCGAAAGUUGGUAGGCUUGCAGAUGCUGCGAAUGGUCUACUUCCUGUGGAUUGUCUCUGUCCCUAUUGCCUUCCUAUGGUACUUCUCCGAGCAUAUUCUGUCGGUAAUUGUCCCCGAAAAGGAAGUGGCUAAAAUGGCUGGACUUUACUUGAAGAUCGCACUCUUUGGAGCACCUGGAUAUGCCUGUUUCGAGAGUGGAAAACGGUACCUGCAGGCACAGGGCGUUUUUUCGGCCUCUCUAUAUGUACUGAUUUUGUUAGCGCCAUUGAAUGCAUUCAUGAACUGGUUCUUUGUCUGGAAGUUAAAUUGGGGAUUCAUUGGCGCACCCAUUGCAGUUGCUAUUACAGAAUUUCUUCUCCCCAUUGGUUUGUUUAUUUACGCAUAUUAUUUCGUUGGAAGCGAGUGUUGGUGCGGCUUUUCAAGGCGCGCCUUUCAAAAUUGGGGUCCUAUGAUCCGCCUUGCGCUACCAGGCUUGAUUAUGGUAGAGGCUGAGUGUCUCGCCUUUGAAGUUUUGACACUAGCUUCCAGCUACCUUGGCACAACCGAAUUGGCCGCCCAGUCUAUUCUGUCCACAAUAUCCAGCAUUACAUGGCAGAUACCCUUCCCGCUAUCCAUCGCUGGUAGCACGCGAAUUGCAAACCUGAUCGGUGCUACACUGGUGGGUGCGGCGAAGACAUCGGCCAAGGUGAGCUUCUGUGGAGCUACCAUUGUUGGUCUUCUGAACAUGAUUCUGCUCUCCAGUCUCCGUUCCUAUAUUCCCAGGCUCUUUAGCUCCGACCCCGAAGUUGUCGAUCUUGUUGCCAAGGUUCUUCCCAUUUGUGCAGCAUUCCAGCUAUUCGAUGCACUAGCUGCCAAUUGUAAUGGUAUUCUUCGUGGCCUGGGCCGCCAAGAGAUUGGUGGCUACAUCCAACUUUUCUUCUACUAUGCAAUUGCUAUGCCAAUUAGCAUGGGCACGACCUUCUCGUUGAACUGGGGCGUUAUGGGCCUAUGGACUGGUGUGGCGUUGGCACUCCUGCUUGUUUCAGCAACCGAAGCCAUUUUCAUCAGCCUUAUAAGCUGGGAACGUUCUGUCGAGGAGGCUUUAGAGCGAAACGAAUUAACAUAA